CCUCCCUGCUGGCCUCGCCCCCCCCCCCAGGGUCCCCCAGCAACGUGCUACGAGACCUCUUCGCAGACGUCUAUCUGAGCCCGCAGGUGGGGACUGUCACCCCCCCCCGGUGUCACCCCCAGGGGACACAACUGUCCCCGCAGGCCCUAGCAGCGGCACCACAGGUGGCAGGGGCCGAUGGCAUCCUUGUGACCCCCGGGGUGGCCAUGGGGACGGUGGGGGCACAGCAGGGACAGCGUGGCUCCCCCCGCCACCCCAAGAAGAAAUGCGUGAAUGGGUUCAUCAUGUUCUGCUGCCUCAACCGGAAAGCCUACAUGAGCCAGCGGGCCCGGCAGUUCAGCCGCCAGCACGACCGGGUGGUGCGGCUGGUCGGGGACAAGGACGGGGACGGUGACACCGACCCCCCCGCGCCCCUCCAGCUGCUGCUGGCCGCCCAUGCCGGCACGCUGGGGGGGGGGCCCUCUGUCCCCCUGAUGUCCCCAGCCCUGUCUCUCCCUACCCACGUUGGUGUCCCCAGCCCUGUCCUCGUUCCCGGCCCUUCUCUGUCCCUGUUCGCGUCCCUCUCCCCAUCCUUGUCCCUGCCCUUGUCCCCAUCCCCACCCUGGCCCCGUUCCUGGUGGUUUUAACCCCAAAACUAUUUAUUCGCCCGGGGGGAGGCUGGUCCUGCCCUGGAGGGGACGGGGACACCCUGGGGACGCUUGGGGACCCCCCCGUGACAGUGGCCGUCACCGAGUUGGCCGAUAAAAUCCCUUCUGUUUCUGGCGCCUCCUGUCCCCGU